AUGGAUACUAAGAGUGCUUAUGAAGCUGCCGGUCAAGGUCAUUUGUUUAUGCAAUGGAGACUUCUAACAGAUGUGGAAAGAAAAGAGUUACUUUCUAAUUUGGCUGGUAAGGAUCCAGUUAAGCUUUUGAAGCAAUGCCAAGAAGCUCUAAAAUUGGCUGCUGGAAAUACGAGCCACUCUGGAGAGGUUGAGCCACUUCCUCAAUCUUCUUAUGAAUCUGUUGUUGACAAUCCACGGGAAGUUAACGAACGGUAUGAAAAGCUGGGUAUGGAUGCGUUAAAGGGAGGAAAAGUGGCUGUUAUUCUAAUGGCUGGUGGGCAGGGGACCAGAUUGGGGUCAUCACUUCCUAAGGGAUGUUAUGAUGUGGGGUUACCUUCUCAUAAGUCGCUUUUUCAAAUUCAAGCCGAGCGGCUAAUGACAUUGGAACGAAUUUCAGGCUGCCAGAACCAUAUACCGUGGUAUAUUAUGACAUCGCCUGCAACUCGGGCAGCAACUGAGGACUUUUUCAGGGAUUAUAAGUACUUCGGUUUGGAUCCUACUCAAGUGAAAUUCUUCAACCAAGGCACUUUUCCCGCAUUAGAUUUGACUGGAAAGAAGUUAAUGCUGAAGUCAAAAACCGAGCUAGUGGAAUCGCCGGAUGGAAAUGGAGGUUUAUACAGAGCCCUACGUGACAAUAAGAUCUUGGAAGAGCUAACAGAGCGUGGAAUUGAACAUAUACAUAUGUAUUCUGUUGACAAUGUUCUAGUGAAGCUUGCGGACCCUGUAUUUUUAGGAUACGCGAUCAGCCACAAAUUUGACUUAGCUACUAAAGUUGUUCGUAAAAGAGAUGCCAAUGAGGCUGUCGGACUCAUUGUAUCUAAGGGUGGCAAACCCUCUGUAAUUGAGUACUCAGAGAUCUCAAAAGAGGCCACAGAGGCAACUGAGGAGAACACCGGGCUAUUGAAAUUGCGUGCGGCAAACAUUGUGAAUCACUACUACUCUGUGUCAAUGCUUAAGGACAAAUUAGACCAUUGGUGUAACGAAUUGCCUUAUCACGUUGCUAGGAAGAAAAUUCAGUACUAUGAUCCUGAGAGAGACACAAUCGUAAAACCUGAUACCAUCAACGGUAUAAAGUUGGAGCAAUUCAUCUUUGACGUCUUCCAUACAAUUCCAAUGGAGAAGUUUGGGUGUUUAGAGGUUGAUAGAUCAUUGGAGUUCUCGCCAUUAAAGAGUGGCCCAGGUUCUCCUAAUGACAAUCCUGAAACAUCUCGUCUUGCAUAUUUAAAAUUGGGCACGAAAUGGUUGAAGGACGCUGGUGCAAAAGUUAAAGAAAACAUAUUGGUCGAAGUUUCAUGUACUUUGUCCUACAGUGGUGAAUCGCUUGGACGUUAUAAGGACAAGACAUUCGCCUCAGAUGGCGAAUAUAUAGCAUAG